AUGGGGUUGUGGGAAUUGAUUUCGAAUUUAAGAUUGAGAAGAACAGAUGGGUUUGAAUCAGAUGGAGAAGGUGAUUCUUAUGUUGUUUUCCGGCGAUUAGGGAUUAACGAUGAGUACCAAGUUGAUGAAAUUGGGGAUGGUGUUGAUACUGAUGCCCUUAAUUUGAAGACGCUGAAUAUAUCUCAUAAUCGUGUUUCUGGUUCUAUUCCAUCCAACAUCGGUAAUUUUGGGUCACUGCAAAGUCUUGAUCUUUCAUUCAAUAACUUCUCUGGUGAAAUCCCUGAAUCUGUUAGCUCAUUGUUGAAUUUACAAUUUCUUAGAAUGAAUCAGAAUGGGUUCUCUGGGAGACUCCUACAUGGGAUUCUAAAGUGUGAAAAUGUAGUUUAA